GCCCCGCAGCCAGACAUGGACGUGGUGGGGAUGGUGGGGCGCGGGGUGGGCCGCGUGCUCUCGCAGGGCAUGUACUCGGUCGCCACGCCCUUCCACCCCUUCGGCGGCGCCGUCGACAUCAUCGUCGUCGAGCAGCGCGACGGCUCCUACCGCAGCACGCCCUGGUACGUGCGCUUCGGCAAGUUCCAGGGCGUCCUCAAGGGCGCCGAGAAGGUGGUCACCAUCACCGUCAACGGCGUGGACGCCAGCUUCCACAUGCUGCUCGACAACUCGGGCCAGGCUUACUUCAUGCGGGAGCUCGUGCCGGGCAGCGAGGAGGACGCUGGGGCCAGUUCAGGGGUUGUUGUCAGCGAGCCUGAAACCCCGCUGCGGAGUAAGAGCGACGGUGAGCUUUACAUGGGCUCCACUGACCAGUUGGGCGGCUCGGAGCUGAACGAGGAUGAGCAGACUGGAGAUGAGUUUGAUUCGUAUCUGGAGGAAGCAGAAGAUUUGGCGAAACAGGCUGAAGGGGGCGCUUCUGACAUGCUUCUGGUUAGCGUCAACGGGUGUGUUCUGACUGCUCCCAUUUCUUCGACCGAGGAGAGCAUGGAGGAUGUGCAGCUGCGUGACCCGCAGUUCCACCUGGGACCUGGGCAGAGCUCGAGCGGGGACUUCAGCCGCAACGGCGAGGUGUGGGAAUCUGGCAUUUUGGACGAUUUGUACAUAUCACAGGACAAGGUUAAGUUUGAUUCUGCUGAACAUCCAUCGGAGGCUCUGGAGAAGCUUCAGGAUGCAUCGACUGUGAAGGCGGAUGAGUCGCUUGAUAUCUCAGUUACUGAAUCUGAAACACUCCAUGUGUCGGUUGAUGACGGCGAGGCUUGUGUUGCAUCGACCCAUGAAGCUGAGGUUCAGGUUGUAUCACAGUCUGUGAACAAUGGUCCGAAUAAUCAACUGCUGAACCUGGAAGAUGAGGCUCAUGAUGUUUCAGGGAACAACAGCGAGGGCUAUCAACCCUUGCCCAAUAAUGAUGAGGCUCUUGAUGUCUUGGAGAACAGUGACGAGGCUUAUAUACCCUUGGCCAAUGGAGAUGAGGCUUGCGAUAUCCCACUGGUUCAGAAUGAUGAGGCCUGCAAGUCUCCAUCUAAGGUAGGAAAGGUUUGUGAUGGCAGCAAUGAGAAUAUUGAGGAUGCGGCUCAGAGUGUAUCACGGUCAGGUACCAAUGGUCUGAAUUAUGAACCGUUGAACGUGGAAGACGCGUCUCCUGAUAUUUCAGAGAACAACAACAAGUGCUAUCAAUCGUUGCCCAAUAAAGAUGAGGCUCUUGAGGUCUCGGCGAACAAUGGUGAGGCUUAUGAACCCUUGGCCGAUAAAGACGAGGCUUGUGAAGUCCCACGUGUUCAGAACACUGAGGCUUGCAAGUCCUCAUCAAAAGCAGAUAAAGUUUGUGAUGUGAGCAAUGAGAAUGUCGAAGACGAGGUUGAUGUUGUAUCAUGGUCAGGGAACAAUGGUGCGAGUCAUCAACCAUUGAUCGUAGAAGGCGAGGCUUGUGAUAUUUCAGGGAACACUGAUGAGGGUGAUCAACUCUUGCCCAAUAAAGAUGAGGCUAUUGAUGUCUCAGAGAGCAAUGAUGUGGGUUAUCAACCAGUAAGCAAUGAAGACGAGGCUCGUGAUAUUCCUCUGGUUCAGGAUGAUGAGAGUUGCAAUUCCCCAGAUAAGGCAAGCAAGGUUUGUGAUGGCAGCAAUGAGAAUGUUAAAGCUAGUUUUAGUAGAUAUGAUACCUUCAGAAGUUGCUUGGAUUUGACAUCACAAGAUGAUGGAGAUUCAGGAACUGAACCCUUUUCUCCUGAAUUUGACCACCAGAGGAAUUCUCAGCUUAGUCCGAGUAACCAUUCGGAUAUUGACAUAGAUCUGGGUGAAGAUAGAAGUGAAACUGCACAAUGUGAUCAAUCCGAUCCAUCAAAUCAUCUAGAGGAAGUGGAUGUUUCAGAAAUUACUUCAGAUGAUAAUAUAACACAAGGUGAAGACUUGUCCUGUGAAGGAGAUUCUGAUGGCAGCAGCAAAGACACCACCCCUUCUAAAGCUGCAACCUGCAAAACUGAUCGUUUACGGUUGUCCCCAAGAAUCAGCGACAAAGACAAAUUAGGAAGCAUUCCGGAGCACCCAAUAGCGGAAGAGGAACUAAAUAAAGAAGAGCACCGUCAGUUACAGAAGGGUUUGGGAUUUGAGAUUUCUCUUUGUGGGCACAUGCUGCGGCCAGGUAUGGGCCGAACAUCUGCUGAUGAAGUCUUCCAACAACAUCUUGUCCCUGAGGAGGAUCUCAAGUUGUCUGGACCAUCAAUAAUAAAAAAUGCAAACCUUAUUGUCAAAGUCGACGGGAACUAUUUCGUAUGGAGUAAAGUUUCUCAUGUUGUUCUUGGGAAGGCUGUAUUUGGUCCAGACUUCUCCGUAGAACCUGUUGAUGCUAUUCCAGUUGAACGCCAAGAAACACCCCGUUCAGGAGAAGAUUCUCUUGGGAUGUCUCCCUCAAGCCGGAGAUGGAGGCUUUGGCCCAUUCCAUUUAGAAUAUCAAGAUCUCUUCAACGGAGUAAUAGUGAUUCUUCUGAGGAUAUUUUUCUUGACACAGAGACAGUAUUGAGUCCAAUGGAUGAGCAAGCCCCAGAGAAUAAUAAAAACCAGUCACCAAGAAAGCAAUUUGUGCGAACUUUAAUUCCCACUAGUGAACAGGUGGCAUCUCUAAAUCUGAAGGAGGGACAAAACAUUAUAACCUUUAGCUUCUCCACCAGAGUUUUUGGGAAGCAACAGGUUGAAGCACAUAUAUACGUGUGGAAAUGGAAUGCUAAAAUUGUUAUAUCCGACGUGGAUGGAACCAUCACAAGGUCUGAUGUCCUGGGCCAGGUCAUGCCUUUGGUUGGACGGGAUUGGAGUCAGUCUGGUGUUGCUAGACUCUUUUCUGCAAUAAAGGAAAACGGUUAUCAACUAAUAUUCCUUAGUGCCAGAGCCAUUGUCCAGGCAUAUCUGACAAAAAGCUUCCUCUUCAAUUUAAAACAGGAUGGGAAAGUACUGCCUAAUGGACCUGUUGUGAUUUCACCUGAUGGUUUGUUCCCAUCACUCUACCGAGAAGUUAUACGAAGAGCACCACAUGAGUUCAAGAUUGCAUGUCUGGAGGACAUUAAAGCACUUUUUCCUUCCGACUACAAUCCAUUUUAUGCUGGAUUUGGCAACAGAGACACAGACGAGCUUAGUUACAAAAAGAUGGGAAUUCCCAAAGGCAAGAUCUUUAUCAUCAACCCGAAGGGUGAAGUGGCCAUAAACAGUUCUGUUGAUGUGAAGUCAUAUACCUCCUUACAUACCCUCGUCAAUGACAUGUUCCCUCCAACAACUCUGGUUGAGCAGGAAGACUACAAUUCCUGGAAUUACUGGAAGGUUCCGCUGCCAGACGUUGAUUUGUAGUGUAGUUUUGACAAAUACAGAAGUAGGCACAAGUAGAGUGCGCAACAGCACGCCAGGCAAGUUGUUCGUGUACACUAGUUCCAAUCGCCAGAGCAGAGCUCUCAGUUCUGUCUGCGACCUGUAAAGCAUCUCGAGAGUUUUGAUCACUGUUGCAGAGGUUCCAGAAUUUUCCUUGCUCCAGCGCAGCUCUGUCACGAUCAUUCAUCUUUUAGGUAGUGAUCUGAUUGUCAUCAUCGUGAGACUGAUUGCUGUUGCGUCCGAAGGCCAAGACUGUCGGCAUCUCCGUUCACAGCGAGAUAGCCUAAGCUUGUUAAUAUGUACUGUACCUGCAUUGCUUCCCUUGUUCCUAUAGCUGUAGCUUGUCUGUCAAUUAGAUUACUCGUGGUGCAGGAAAGCAACAGGGAACAAGAGACUGUCGAACACGCUGUAUGUUGUUGUAUAUGGAAUAGAAAUACGACUGUGCAUUUCUUGCCUCGUUUCCA